UAUUGGGGUUUGGACCCUGAAGCUGUCAACAUCUCCUGGCUAUUGGAGUUUGGACCCUGAAGCUGCCAACAGCUCAUGAUCUUUGGGGCUUGGACCUUGCAAAGGCCAAGGGCACUUGGAUUUGUGCUAUUGACCCUGCAAAGGCCAAGAACCUUUGGAUAUUGGUGUUUACACUUUGCAAAGGCCAAGGGCCUUUGGGCACUGGGGUUUAGACCCUGCUAAGGCCAAGGGCUUUGGGCACUGGGGUUUAGACCCUGCUAAGGCCAAGGGCUUUGGGCACUGGGGUUUAGACCCUGCUAGGGCCAAGGGCCUUUGGGCACUGGGGUUUAGACCCUGCUAAGGCCAAGGGCCUUUGGGCACUGGGGUUUAGACCCUGUUAAGGCCAAGGGCCUUUGGGCACUGGGGUUUAGACCCUGCUAAGGCCAAGGGCCUUUGGUCACUGGGGUUUAGACCCUGUUAAGGCCAAGGGCCUUUGGGCACUGGGGUUUAGACCCUGCUAGGGCCAAGGGCCUUUGGUCACUGCUGUUUCUCACUCCUUGUGAAAGGGGCAGAUGGAGUCCCGGCGGGGAGCUCGAGGGCUUUCUCAGCAGGGACCUUCCUCCAGAGCCCCUGAGGCACUGGUAGACAACAGUGACGGCAUGGCCAACUCCAUCAUCUGCACCGACAGUCCUGGGAAUAUCCUCUCAACUCUGACAUCCAGUGGUGAACAGCAUCCCUUGGAAUUGGUUCAGGAAGCUAUAGAGACCUGGGGGCGCAUGCAGCAAUAUUUUGAUCAAAUGGAGGAGAGAAGCCAGAGGAUCAGAAGGCACGUCCAGCACAUAGACUCUCUGGUAGAAGAAACCAGACGUGACCGUGCAAACUUUGAGAUGUCCAGGGAAAUGCUGCUGCAGUGCACUGGAAUCCCGGAGCCAGGAGCCUUGGGUGUCCAUCUGGAGAACACCAAGCAGAGGAAGGAAGCGUCAGCCCAGGCAGAACAGACAGAGCAGCAGGACAGAAUGGAGGUUUCCCAGGAGCAAGAGUCAUUGGGCAGGGCUCUGGAGCAGCUGCGCCAGGAAUCCUCUGGCCAAGAGCAUGAAAUGGCUCAGGUGUGCAGAGAGAAGGAGCUGCUGGGCCGUGAGAAGGCUGCCCUUGAGGGCCGACUGGCAGCCACAGAGCGCCACCAACAUGACCUUUCCAAGCAGCUGGCAGAGACCAGGUCAGCAAAGGAGAGCCUGGAUUCCAGGCUGUGUGCUGCUCAGCAGCAGAUAUCUCAGCUGGAGGUUACCUGGAACCAUCUGGAGGCUCAAGUGCUCUCAGUCACACAGACCAAGGAGGUGCUAGAAGGAGAAGUGAAGUGCUUGCAACGUGAGCUGGAAGCAGAGAGAGCUCUCAGGAGGCAGGAAAGGGAGGACACAGCUCAACAGCUCCUGCAGGCAGAGCAGCAGCAUCACGAAAGCCUCAGGCUUCAGAGAACUGCUCAGCAGCUGGAAAUAAAGAAGCUCCUGCAAGACCUGUCAAGUGAGCGUGAAAGGCACCAUGCAGAGAUGCAGGAGACGCUGGAGCAAUGGGAAAAAGAGAAGGCAGAGAGAGAGCAGGAGCACAAGAAGGUGCUGUUUGAGAUGAGGCAGAAAGUUGCCACCCUGCUGGCCCAACAAGAAGAGGAACGAACUAGAUUUGAAGAUGCCAAGCGAGAGGUGCUGCUGGAAGAGCAGAAGGAGAAGAGUGCUUUAUCAGAGGCACUGCUCCAAACUCAGGGAGAGCUCAGCCAAGCACACCAGCAGGUCCAGCAGCUCAGGCAGGAGCUGAAAGAGCAGCAAGAGAAGGGGCAGACCAUUGAGGCAAAUCUGCAAGCUGAGCUGCAGGCAGCUCGCAGUGAAGUCCAGACAGCGCAGAGGAGGCACGAGGAAGAGCUACAAGGCCUCAAAGAGGAAAUGAAUCUCCUCCUUGAGCAGAGGGAGGCUUUACAAAAGCAGGUGGGAGAGUUGACAUCUCAGCUGGCAGCCUCCCGAGAGUCCCAGGAAAUGACUGUCCAGAGAGCCCAGCAAGAUGUGAGGGAGGCCCAGGAAGAGUCCAGGCAGAAGCAGUUGGAGGUUGAGCACACCCAGAAGAUGCUGGAGGAGGCAAAACAACAGAACAAGGAGCUGCAAGUGCAUCUGCAGAACUUGGAGAGGGAAAGGAAUCGAUGGGAAGAAGUGGCACAGCAAAAUUCAGAAUUGCAGGCUUCUGUGAAUGCCCUAGAGAGUGAAAAAGCCAGGCUGACUCUGUCUCUGGAAGAAAAGCAUCUGAGCCUCAGAACCCUGGAAGAAAACAACCUGGCCCAGAUCAAUCAAGUGUCUCAGCUUCGUUCUGCCCUUACCCAGGCCGAGGAGCUCCACUCAGAGCAUAGAAAUGAAAUGCAGGAGCUCAACACCCAGAUGCAGGCCAUGCUGCUGGCAGAGAUAGAGAAGACAGCUCGCCAGGCAACUGAAGAGAAGCAGCUGCUGGAAACUGAGGUGUCUGAGCUGCGUGUGAGGCUCCAGAGCUCUGAGGAAAGAGCAGAGGCCAUGGCCACACAGUGUAAGGCCAUGGAGCUGGGGCUGAGGAAGACACAGGCUCAGAGGGACAAUCUCAGAGCCUACAAUCAGGAGCUGCUGAAACAGCUGGAGCACAUUGAGCAAGAUUGGUGGAAGACACAACUCAAGUACCUUUCUCGAGAAAGUGCCCUGGAGAAAGAGGCCACUGAAAGACAGGAAGAGGCUGUGACUCUUCGUCAGGAGGUGGCAUCUCUGAAGAGGAAAUUGGAGAACCUGGAGAAGGAAAGGAAGGAUGUGCUGCAUGAACGGGAAUUGAACCAGCAGCAAAUGAGAGAUGUGAAAAGGAAGAAUGAAAUGUGUGCACCUGAGAUGAGAAAUCAUAAAGAAAAUACUCAAGAAUUGGAAGUGGAGAGGGAAGACAUGCAGGAAGAGUUGGAGCACGGGGCUGCUGCUUUGAAGAAAUGGAGGGAGUACACUCAAGUACUGAUUUCUGCCCUGAACAAGAGUGAAAUUGCCAAAGGGUCUCUGAAGAAGCGCUUGGACAUCCUGAAGGGAGAGUCUGGUAUCCAGGGAGGCACUGGCAUUGACCUUCAGUCCACUCCAGAGUCCCUGAGCUAUUCCAGUGCUUCUUCCCAUGAAGAGCUCUCCCAGGAGCAAGAUUCGUCGAGCUGGUCUCUGGAGCAGCUGAGCCAGGACUCCUCUGAGGAAUCCUUUGGCCAAGGGCACGCACUGGCCCAGGUGUGCCGAGAGGAGGAGCUGCUGGCCCAGAAGGCUGACCUUGAGGGCCGACUGGCAGCCACGGAGUGGCUCCGACAAGACCUUUCCAGGCAGCUGGCAGAGACCAGGUCAGCAAAGGAGAGCCUGGAAUCCAGGCUGUGUGCUGCUCAGCAGCAGAUAUCUCAGCUGGAGGUGACCAGGGAACAUCUGAAGGCAGAGCUGCAAGCUGAGCUGCAGGCAGCUCGCAGUGAAGUCCAGACAGCGCAGAGGAGGCACGAGGAAGAGCUACAAGGCCUCAAAGAGGAAAUGAAUCUCCUCCUUGAGCAGAGGGAGGCUUUACAAAAGCAGGUGGGAGAGUUGACAUCUCAGCUGGCAGCCUCCCGAGAGUCCCAGGAAAUGACUGUCCAGAGAGCCCAGCAAGAUGUGAGGGAGGCCCAGGAAGAGUCCAGGCAGAAGCAGUUGGAGGUUGAGCACACCCAGAAGAUGCUGGAGGAGGCAAAACAACAGAACAAGGAGCUGCAAGUGCAUCUGCAGAACUUGGAGAGGAAAUGGAGUCGAUGGGAAGAAGUGGCUCAGCACAAUUCAGAAUUGCAGGCUUCUGUGCAUACUCUAGAGAAGGAAAAAGCCAGGCUGCUUGUGUCUCUGGAGGAGAAGAACCAGUGCUUCCGAAAACUGGAAGAACAGAACCUGGUGCUGAAAAAUCGUGUGUCUCGCUUAUUUUCUGCUCUUAAGCAGGCAGAGCAGCUCUGUUCUGAGCAUAGGAGACAAAUGCAGGAGCUCAACACCCAGAUGCAGGCCAUGCUGCUGGCAGAGAUAGAGAAGACAGCUCAGCAGGCAACUGAAGAGAAGCAGCUGCUGGAAACUGAGGUGUCUGAGCUGCGUGUGAGGCUCCAGAGCUCUGAGGAAAGAGCAGAGGCCAUGGCCACACAGUGUAAGGCCAUGGAGCUGGGGCUGAGGAAGACACAGGCUCAGAGGGACAAUCUCAGAGCCUACAAUCAGGAGCUGCUGAAACAGCUGGAGCACAUUGAGCAAGAUUGGUGGAAGACACAACUCAAGCGCAUUUCUCGAGAAAGUGCCCUGGAGAAAGAGGCCACUGAAAGACAGGAAGAGGCUGUGACUCUUCGUCAGGAGGUGGCAUCUCUGAAGAGGAAAUUGGAGAACCUGGAGAAGGAAAGGAAGGAUGUGCUGCAUGAACGGGAAUUGAACCAGCAGCAAAUGAGAGAUGUGAAAAGGAAGAAUGAAAUGUGUGCACCUGAGAUGAGAAAUCAUAAAGAAAAUACUCAAGAAUUGGAAGUGGAGAGGGAAGACAUGCAGGAAGAGUUGGAGCACGGGGCUGCUGCUUUGAAGAAAGGGAGGGAGUACACUCAAGUACUGACUGCUGCCCUGAACAAGAGUGAAAUUGCCAAAGGGUCUCUGAAGAAGCACUUGGACAUCCUGAAGGGAGAGUCUGGUAUCCAGGGAGGCACUGGCAUUGACCUUCAGUCCACUCCAGAGUCCCUGAGCUAUUCCAGUGCUUCUUCCCAUGAAGAGCUCUCCCAGGAGCAAGAUUCGUCGAGCUGGUCUCUGGAGCAGCUGAGCCAGGACUCCUCUGAGGAAUCCUUUGGCCAAGGGCACGCACUGGCCCAGGUGUGCCGAGAGGAGGAGCUGCUGGCCCAGAAGGCUGACCUUGAGGGCCGACUGGCAGCCACGGAGUGGCUCCGACAAGACCUUUCCAGGCAGCUGGCAGAGACCAGGUCAGCAAAGGAGAGCCUGGAAUCCAGGCUGUGUGCUGCUCAGCAGCAGAUAUCUCAGCUGGAGGUGACCAGGGAACAUCUGAAGGCAGAGCUGCAAGCUGAGCUGCAGGCAGCUCGCAGUGAAGUCCAGACAGCGCAGAGGAGGCACGAGGAAGAGCUACAAGGCCUCAAAGAGGAAAUGAAUCUCCUCCUUGAGCAGAGGGAGGCUCUACAAAAGCAGGUGGGAGAGUUGACAUCUCAGCUGGCAGCCUCCCGAGAGUCCCAGGAAAUGACUGUCCAGAGAGCCCAGCAAGAUGUGAGGGAGGCCCAGGAAGAGUCCAGGCAGAAGCAGUUGGAGGUUGAGCACACCCAGAAGAAGCUGGAGGAGGCAAAACAACAGAACAAGGAGCUGCAAGUGCAUCUGCAGAACUUGGAGAGGAAAUGGAGUGGAUGGGAAGAAGUGGCUCAGCACAAUUCAGAAUUGCAGGCUUCUGUGCAUACUCUAGAGAAGGAAAAAGCCAGGCUGCUUGUGUCUCUGGAGGAGAAGAACCAGUGCUUCCGAAAACUGGAAGAACAGAACCUGGUGCUGAAAAAUCGUGUGUCUCGCUUAUUUUCUGCUCUUAAGCAGGCAGAGCAGCUCUGUUCUGAGCAUAGGAGACAAAUGCAGGAGCUCAACACCCAGAUGCAGGCCAUGCUGCUGGCAGAGAUAGAGAAGACAGCUCGCCAGGCAACUGAAGAGAAGCAGCUGCUGGAAACUGAGGUGUCUGAGCUGCGUGUGAGGCUCCAGAGCUCUGAGGAAAGAGCAGAGGCCAUGGCCACACAGUGUAAGGCCAUGGAGCUGGGGCUGAGGAAGACACAGGCUCAGAGGGACAAUCUCAGAGCCUACAAUCAGGAGCUGCUGAAACAGCUGGAGCACAUUGAGCAAGAUUGGUGGAAGACACAACUCAAGCGCAUUUCUCGAGAAAAUGCCCUGGAGAAAGAGGCCACUGAAAGACAGGAAGAGGCUGUGACUCUUCGUCAGGAGGUGGCAUCUCUGAAGAGGAAAUUGGAGAACCUGGAGAAGGAAAGGAAGGAUGUGCUGGUGGAACCUGAAAGGAGAAGAAUCAGAACUUUUAGGAGAGUGUUCCUCCCAGACUACAUUACGUUUCCUGUCCACGAGUCUGCCCAUCAAAAUCGGUCAACUUUUGAAAUGGAAGAGUCCUCCAGCAGCUAUGGGGAGCAGCAGCCCUCCUGCUGAUGCACAGCCUGUGGAGAAAGGGGUGUCCCUCUGCAGGCACAGCUGGCCCAAGACCGACAGGACCACCUGGAGAGCUGUGCAGGCAGCAGGCAGGAGACACGAGGUGCAGAAAGGACCUCCUUGCUUCCUGAAUGUCUCAGAGGAGGCAGGCUGCAGCUGGAUGCAGGCUUAGAUUUAGUCAGUAGUUUAUCUUUAAACAAUAGCAUAGAUGCAGUUGAACCUUUACACAACUCUGUUCCAUAGGAUGUAAGAUAUAUUUAUAGAAAAAUAAAGAGUUUAUUAUGAUUAUGA